CUAAAACUGGAGAACAUUUUCACUUCACGGACUCUUGAAGUAAAUGCACGAGCAGCACUGCACGCACUAACUGCGUCUUCUCCCAGCUCAGUUGGCAAGCACUUUGCGCUGCGUUUACUGACGCUGAGAAUCUAGAGUUGCGCUUCACCUCGAUCGGGUCUCUGCACUGAGAAAGACUGUUUUGACGGAAACCACGUGACCGUCUCCUUCUCGUAGGACGUCCCCUCCUGUCUCCCGAGUCCACAACAAACAAGUCACACAGAUAAGUAGGCUAAAAGUACCCUUUCGUGGGCAUUGACUCCUGGAACUUGACAACGUGACAGUGUUUAUAUCCACGAGGUGCUGUCACACAGCUCACUCCCCGGGAGUCGGUGGUUAUCUUUUCGUCAUUCGUCUUGAGAAAACUUCAUAUUAAGAUACUCACGCUGAUGGGAUAUGAUGAUGGCUUCUAUAUCAGCAUCGUCCGGAGGAACCAUGACGUCUGAGUCAGAGAUCUCGACUCUCCAAGGCAUCGACGCCUUGAAGCUGACAGUAGGGCCGGUGCGGAGAAACCUCUUCGGCCCCGUUGACCACCAGCAGCUCCAGCGGGACUUCCAGCAGCUGCUCCGCAUGAGUGUGGAGGUCGCCAACAAGCGCUGGAACUUUGACUUUCAGAGAGACGUGCCAGGAGAAGGCACCGACGUGGAGUGGGUGGAGCUCGGGUGCCAGAACGUGCCGGCAUUUUACCGGAGCUGCUUGGUGAGGCCCAGGUUGUUGGCCAGAAAAAUCACGAGGAGCACCUCAACGUCGUCGAUGGAGGAGGAAGACGGCUCUCCCGUCUCUGGAAGCUCGUCUGGGGAAGAGUACCUGGAAGUGACCACUAGAGGGAGCUACCCACUCAAGCGGCUAGGAAAACGCAGACAAUCUGCAAUCACAGAUUUCUUUAAGGUGAAAAAGAGGAAACUCCUGCCCAGCAAAGCUUCCUCUCGGCAGUAGAAAAGUCCAACAAUCUCCACAGAAACGUCACUAAGUGGUCUCCAGCCCUCUACACUCAACAUGAUAGAGAUCAUAUGUACAUAUGUAGCAAUUUAUAACAGACUGUUUAUAAGCUUAUCCAAUGUUGGACCUUAAAACUUCAGACUCCAACACGCAUUUAACUUUCAGCACAAGGAAGCUACCUUUCUUUUUAUUCAGUCAAGCUCAAGACUCUAGUUUUCAGUGGAUAAAUAUAUGAUAUAUAUAUAUAUAUGUAUACAUACACUGUAUAUUUUAUAUACCGUUUUAUUCAGCUUCUUUUAAUACUGUGAAAUAAUCUUAAAUGCACUCAUUCAGGAUACUAAAACAGCAAAAAGGAGGUUGACCUCAACCCAUUUUUUUUUCCUUUUCUUUUUUUGCUCCAAGUCAUUCCAGGUUUCUGAUCCGAGCGGUUACUGCCUCAGCACACUUGGCCUUUUGGCUUCACCCCGAGCCUCUUAAAGCUGGAGUCGGAGCAGGGGUCAAAACCUCAGCCAGGGUUCAACACGUGGCAGCACGACUGUCAUUAGCUCCAGGUCAGAGGUUGGCGGGUGCAGGCGGAGCAUUUUAAAUGCUGUACGACAGACUUCCAUUUUGAGGAUUAAGUAUUUUCUAUUUUUAAGAUCGUUGCCAAGAUAAAAAAAAAAAGAGUAAUAGACAAUUACCCAUUGUGCAAAACGAGGUAAAAAUAAAGUCCCAUAACUCCCUGAACUGUAGUGCCUUGCAAAAGAAUUUAAGAUAUUUCACUUACAACCAAGAACGUAAAUGUAUGCGACUGGGAUCAGACAGUGGAAAAAUUAUGCCUUCAGAAAGUACUUAAAAUAGUUAAAAACUGUCUAAUGAUCCAAGUAAAACUCCAAAUUCAAAAUCUAUGAAUCCUUUGCAAGGUAUUGCGUACUUUCCUCAAGAAGUCAUUUAAAUGUCAGUUUAACACGGCAGAGUAAUCUACAAAAGGCAAACGUCUAGUUUUGCUUAGUAAUAUUUGCACCAUAGAGGCUUUUUGGCAACAUGAGAAAUCCUGUUUGCUGUGAUUCAUUCAGCUUUUUGCUUGUAAUAUGUAGCAUUUUCCACUUAUUUUUUUAAUCAUUAAGGGAACGCAGCAUUUUCCGUUUUCAGAAGUCAAACAUUUUACUUCUGCUUUUUUCUCGUUUUUUUUCUUCCUUCGAAAGAGUUUUUAUAUGAAGAGUCCAGCUCGCCUGCUCUGUUGCAAUCCAGUUCCUCGAUUCUACAUAUGAGGGUUUGUGAGACAAGUUGUAAAAAGAUCGACCAAAGCAAUCGAUGCGUUGGCAACUAAGUGCAACAGAUCCCAAACUAGUUCACUUUACAUUUCUUAAGGGGCUUUAAAAUACCAAAUUACAUCUGCUUCAGUUUUUCUAGAGCCUAGACUUAAAACUACCGGCUGCAAAGUCAAAUCAAAUGAAUUUGCAAUAAUUUGUUAACAUUUUUUUGGCCAUUUUGUUGUAAAAUAUCUUUAAAAUCAAGAUACUUCUGUAUUUUAUGAUACUUUUUCCAUCUAUUCCAGGUCUUGUGCCUCUUGUGAUGUCAUUCAAACAAAGCAGGAUUAGCAGUUCUAGUGAACAUUAGUGAAAAAAAAACAAAAAAAAACUUCACACCACUGGAUUGUUUCUUCAACAGGAUAUUGCAGCAGUAAUUAAAAAGUAAAUAGCCAUAUGCUGGAUUUAUCCUCCAUUACUACCUCAAUAAGGUUAUCAAACGAUACAGAGACAAAGUAAAAAGCUGAGUUUGUUUGUUUGGCGGCCAUGAAAGCAAAGACUAAAGAACGAGUCGUGUUCUGUUGUGGUGAAGAAGCGCCAGGUAAAAGAGUCUGUGUCAGAACGCGGGGUGGGCGGGUGGUGGGCGGGUUUGACCGCUUUUGUUUUGCCUCACUUUUCGUGUGACGGCUUUCCCAGAAUAGAUCGCUCAAGUGGAGCAGCAUUGAGAGGGGGAGGGGGUAAAAAAAAAAAAACUCCUGAGAAAAUGUCACACCCAGACCCCUCAAUCUCCAUUAAAGGAUUUUUCCAUCCUUUUUGUCUAGUAGCUCUUGUGUGCCAAGAGUUUUCAAACAGCAGGAACAUAAUAUGUUUUUCAUCUUUUUUUUCUCCCAACUACCCAGUCAGAUUAUUUUAAAAAAUGUAUAUCUUUGCACUAUUUACCUAAGAACUACUUUUAUUGUGAUCGCGGAAUCUGCGGAAAACGGACACAGGGCAGCAGACUCUGCUUCAGACUGAGACGUUCAGCUUGUUGUAGCCACGUUACUCCUUGUUAAAGUCUAUUAGAAAAAAAUAAAUAAAGCAAUGAAUCCGUUUCCACAGGUUGCAAACUAUUAUUUUGCAGCUUUAGCAAAAGUGUUUAUUUUAUUUUGUACAUGCAUGAAUGUAAGAUAUUUGUACACCAUUUUGUAAUAAUUCUACUGUAAUUUAAUGCUGGUUUAUGCAUCUUUGUAUCACCAUCUUUUUGGAUGAUAUUUGUAUUGUUGCUCUCCCGCUUUUCAUAACACAUUUCAUUUGGUUUGUUUCAUCAAUAAAUAAAUAUAAAGAGAAAUCACACUGCUGUAGAUCUCACAUGACUGGCUACGAGAGAAUCCAAAGUGAAAAGGUGGAAUUUGAAGUUUUACUUGCGCCCCCUAGUGGAUCUGACGCAAAACUGCUUGUAGCUUGAAGGCGACUUUGCAUUUAUUUCAAACAGAAGUAGAAGUUACAGUUAAAAGAUGCACAUAAAAGAAACCAUUAAAAACACAAGAGAAAUUUCACACCUAAUCAUUUUACAAUCUAUUACAUGUGUUUGGCUCCUUCCAUGAACAGAGUUAUGGUUGAAUAUAUAAUGUCCUGAUAUUAAAUGGUAUUAAAAUUAAUGCAACUAAAAAAAAUAAAUAAAUCAUUUUAACAAAAGAUAUCUACUUCUAGUCAUGAAAAGAAGUUGGUAAACUGGCAAAGCUGAAUAUUUUGGUUGCAGUGGCUGUAAAGGUUCGAUUUUACAGUUAGCCUAAAAUAAAUGUAAAGUCUAUGGCACAGCCUGGAAAAGAUGCAGCUCUCUUCACAUUUAUUUACAUCCCUGAUCAAAUGAUACAGAAAAUGUUACAGCUAAUUUUCUCUGCAGUAACACUGGAUAAUUACUUACUGAUUAAUUACUUUCGAAGUAAUUAAUUUUAAAUAAGUAGUUAAGGAAAAAUGUCCCACCCCCAUGUUACGCCGACAUUUGUGGAAAACAGUUUUCAACCUAAUGACAGAACAAAAACUAAAAUAAUUUUACUGUUAGUUUCAUUCUGUUGUAGAAAUUCAAUUUCAAGCUUAUCCUGUAUUUUUAAGCAGCCGACUGCUUUUCUACAGUUUUUAUAUUUAGAAAAGACUCGAAUGGCCUCAUUCUAUGAGAUAAAGACUUUUAUCCUGGCAAAAAUGUUAAUCUAAAAAAAGAACAUUUGUUUUCAUAAUAAAACAAGUUUUAUUUGGUGCACAAACAGAUUUGUUUUCUCACCAAGAAUUAAAACGGCUUAGUGGGUCUUGACAAAAUGUAUUUGGAUUGAAAUACAAUAUAUAUACAAUUUAACCACAUAUUAAAAAAAAAAAAAAAAAAAGAAAUGAAUACUUAAAUUUGAGGAGUUUCUAAUUUGUCCAUUUUUUGAUGACACAGAGGAUCUUCAGUCUUAUAAAGUAAGAUCAUAAAAUAGCAAAAGCCUUGAUCAUCUUCACCUCCAAUAUCUCCAUACCUCCAAUAAUUAAAAAUAUUGAAAACAAUCAGAACUAUGAUAAAUUAGGAUGAGGACCCAAAUUUAUACGGAAAUCUUUAUUGAAAUAUAAAAAUUGGUUUAUAAAUUUUUCCUAUUUUUCUAAAACAUUUAGGCACCAAACAUCUACAUAGUGGAGUUUUAUUAAGCUGGAUGCUCCAGAGGCCAUGUAGCCAAAUGCUAAAAUUAGCUUCCGAUUCUGAAAAAAGUAUCGUUUUACUUCUUUUUCAAGUUUUCCCCACUCAAAUUAACUCCAUUAAAAACCAAAAAAAAAAAAAA